UUUUAGCGGCCAAUGCAAAACAGAAAAGGCAACAAUUUAAAAUUUGAAGAUUUUCUGUUGUUUUGCGAGUAAUUAUUAACUGAAUGUUGGUCAUUACGUCACAACUAAAAGUUGACCAUCCUCUAGCCAAAGGAAUCACUGGAAUAAAUAGGAAGAAGAAUCUUCAAUACUCACUUAACUUGAUACAAAAACAAUCAACAUCAGACUGCCGGCAUGAUGAGGACUCCAAACGCAGCAAAGGAGCACGCAUUUGAUUUUCCAAGUCAGAUUUUCGUCGUUGAAUUUUCUCCUUUUUGUUGGUCAAAGGAUUUGGUAUGCGUCGGCACCGAAAACUCUGUCGUUCUAGGCGCCGUCCUCUUCCCAGAAGAUCAUGCUUGGGAAGAAACACCCGACAACACCAAGCUGCAGAUGUACAGCCAGUUGAGCGAGUCAGGACGAGUCUCCAAAUCGCAGGAUAUAACUUUUAUUGAGCUUAAAACCUUCAAGCAAAGCCUUCGCCCACAAGCGAUUGCGUGGAGUCCUGACACAACCCUGAGAGGUCUCCCGAGACUUGUGCAUUUUGCAGUUGCGUACAGCGUCUCCACUGUUCCAACUGUCGAAAUUAAAAUGAGCAACAUUAUUAAACUGUACAAAACAGAUCUGUCUGAAAGUGUGACCAUAACAGAUUUGGAGGGGCACCAAAGCUACAUCAAUGCGAUGGCUUUCGAGCCGGAUGGAAAUUUGAUUGCCUCUGUCAGUGACGAUCUCACGUGUAGAAUUUGGAAUACUAGGGAUGAGAGUGAACACCAAAAGCCAGAGAUCAAAAUCAAUCUAAAAUCACCUGGAAUGGCUGUCUGUUGGCACGGAGAAGAACCAGGGAAGUUGCUGGUGGCCGAGAAGAAUGGCCUCAUCCAACUUUUGAAUGUGCAGAACCAGCAGCCCAUGAUGUCCCUCGAUUCUGGCACGACACCGCUCAUGUCAGCCCAUUGGGCUCCGUCGAACAGCAUGUUUGUUUGUGCUCUAGCUGGGGGAGAAAUGAUUGUUUGGGACAUUUCAAAACCAAGCCAACCUCUUGAAGUGCGUCCUGUGCACCCUCAGGGUGGCCGUUGGAUCAAAUUCAGUAGCAACUCCGAUCUGGUUUUGGCCACCAUUGGCAGGCCCGGGCACCAACUCAAAGUGUACAACAUUUCAGCCAAACUUCCAAAAUUAUCUGUUCCACUUCCGAUUGCGUAUGGACUGUCGUGGCACUACCAUUUGCCCUACGUUGCCCUGGGCUGCGAUCAUCAAAUGCUUAUUUGGAAAGUUGCAACUAAGUGAAGACCAUGUUUAAAUCGUGUCAUGAACUUUUUAUGUUUAUUUUCAAUUCUCAGCUUAAAUAAUAUUAAAUUUUCUUUACAAAUUAUAAUAAUAAUAAUACAAUUUUUUGAUAUUUCUUAAAACAUUCCAUAGUCAACGGCUAGUUUGGUCAAGUCCGAUAGGCGCUUUUUCCCCUGCGGAUCAGUGAUGUCUUUGAAUUGGGUCAGCGUGACCAGAUCCACUGGCUCGUUGCCCUCCAUGCGGUCCAAAUCUUGAACGUCCUCUGAUUCGACCAGCGAAAGAGGAACCAACUCGAGAGCGCAUGAAAAUCCGAGCAAACCGUUGACGCGCCACUGGUCUUGCAAUUGCUCCCAAGUCAAUGGGCACUUCGAAACUCCCAGUUCAUGAACUGCGUUACAUAGAAUCUAAAAAGCAGAAAUUAUGGAAGAUAAUAUUAUAAUUUAAAUGUGCAGGUUUUUUACAGAAAUUUAAUUAUAAAAUGCUUUUUUUUUCGAUUAAAAAGUUAUUCUUUCUUACAUUGUAAUAAUUUCUGAGCAGGGCGUCCAUACCACCAGCUGCCUCCCUUUGCUCCUCAGUGGUGCAGGAAAAGAUGAAAAUUGAAAGAUCGGACAUAGGCGAGCAGUAUCUGACUAGCUGGAAGUCGAUCAUCAUGACUUUGUCACUCUUGUCAAAUAAAAAGUUGGUGGACCAUGUG